UAUAAUUCAAUUUUUAUCAUAGUGAUCUAUCAAUGGAAUUAUUUAAUUAUUUAAUUUUAAAAUAGUUUAAAAAAUAUAUCUUCAAUAAAUAAAUAUAAAAAAAAAAUUUCAAAUCAAAACGAUUAAUUAAUUGUGUUACGAAAAUGUUGACAGUUUUGAUAUUUAUUACAGUAGCUUUAAUUGUCUAUCAUUAUAAAACACAUUAUGGAAAAUGUGGAAAGCUUAUUAAUAAAAUUCCAGGACCAAAAAUUACUCCCAUUUUUGGCAAUGUCUUACAAUAUAAUCUUCCAAAUGAUAAAUUGUGGACUUCUCAGAGGAAAGUAAACGCUGAAUAUUAUCCAAUUGUACGACUUUGGCUUGCCAGCAUUCCAGUUAUAAAUAUAUUUCAUCCAGAUGAUAUUCGAUUGCUACUUACUAAUACAACAAUAAUAGAAAAAAAUUUAUUAUACAAUUUUUUGCAUCCUUGGCUGGGAACUGGUCUUCUAACAAGUGCUGGUACAAAAUGGCAGCAUCGACGGAAAAUGUUAACGCCUGCUUUUCAUUUUAAUAUUUUACAAGAGUUUACUGAUAUUUUCGUUGAAAAUGCACAUAAACUGGUAGAAAGUUUAAAAUCAAAGGAGAGUAAAGAAAUUACAAAGGAUAUUAUUCCGCUUUUUAAAAUGCAUACUCUUAAAAUCAUAUGUGAAACUGCAAUGGGUAUACAAUUAGACAAAGUUGGUAAUGAAAAGGAAUAUGCACAUGCCAUUCGUGAAUUAGGAUUUAAUUUAUUUUACAGAGCACCAAGACCGUGGUUUCACAUCAACUGGUUAUUUAAUUUAUCACAAAGAGGACAAAUUCAAAAAAAAUGUUUAAAAGCAUUACACGAUUUUACAACAAAAAUUAUUAAAGAGCGAAAGAAAUAUCAUGAAAGUAAUUCAAACGAAGAACAAAAUAAUUUAAAGAAAAACGGUCAUGUGGAAGAUGAUAUUGGUAUUCGCAAGAGAAGAAAGGCAAUGUUAGAUAUUCUUUUAAAUUCUGCAAAAGAAAAUGGUGACAUCGACGAUGAUGGAAUUCGUGAGGAAGUCGAUACAUUUGUUUUUGAAGGUCAUGAUACCACGGCUAUGGCUUUUAUAUUCACAGUUUCUCUUUUGGCUGAACAUACGGAAAUUCAGAAUUUAGCCCGACAGGAAGUAAGUGAAAUUCUAAAUAAAUGUGAUGGAAAAAUAGGAAUAAAAGAAAUUAAUUCAUUGGAUUAUCUCGAUCGAUGUAUUAAAGAAAGCCUUCGCUUAUAUCCAAGUGUUCCAAACAUAGGUCGAGCAGUUACUGAAGAUCUUCAACUCAAAAAUUAUCUAAUACCUGCCGGAUCAAUAAUUAAUGUUCAUAUUUUUGAUCUACAUAGAGAUCCUAAUUAUUGGCCAAAUCCAAAUGUUUUUGAUCCAGAUAGAUUUUUACCAAAUGCUGUACAAAAUAGACAUCCAUUUGCAUACGUGCCAUUUAGCGCAGGCUCUCGUAAUUGUAUAGGUCAAAAAUUCGCAACAUUGGAGCUAAAAGUUUUAAUUGCUCAUUUAUUAUAUAAUUUUAAAUUGUCAACGACUGAUUUUGCACAUAAAGUUACACUUCUUCAGGAUCUUGUUAUUACGCCAAAUCAAUCAAUGCGCGUAAAAUUUACAGCAAUAAAAUAAUUUUUUUUUUAAUUUUUAAUUUAAUUGUUUCAUUUUAAUGUUAAUUAUAAUCGUUUUAGAAAUAAAAAAAAAAUUUAGACAA